UUCAUCGAUUCAACUCUCAAAAUGACUGUAUAUUUAUGCACACGUGAUUGUUAUGGAUGAAAUUGAGACGAGUUUGUUGAAGGACAGAUUGAUAGGUUUCAGAUCUUGAAAUGCUGGUUAACUUUAGUGUUUGUUUGGCGUCCAAGCGGUUCUGCUAAACUCGCCGUUGAAUUUAGGGUUUUUUUUUGGGGAGCACCGAGAGUCGGUGUAGAUCGGGGGAGGACAUUGGUUUUGACUGGAAUUGCUAGGUAAUUGACUUGAUGGGAGGCAGAAGUUCAAGGGAGGAUAGUAGUUUGAGGCGGCAAUCUUCUUCUCUUCGGUCUACAACUUCGUCUUCGUGGAAUCAAUACGAGUAUCCUCCAUCAUCAUAUCCUCAGCCAGCCUAUCCUCAAGACAAUCAGAACUACGCUCCUCAGUACGCCUAUCCGGCUUAUCCACCGCAGCAGCAGUACAACCCCCCACCUCAAAAUUAUGGGGGUCGAUCACAGGACGUGCAGAGGAAUCAUUUUCCUGAUCCGCAGAGGAAGCUUGACAGGAGGUAUUCGAGGAUUGCCGAUAAUUACAGUUCCUUGGUGGAGGUGACUGAGGCUCUUGCACGUGCUGGCCUUGAGUCGUCCAAUCUCAUUGUUGGUAUUGAUUUCACUAAGAGCAAUGAAUGGACAGGUGCAAAGUCAUUUAAUAGGCGAAGCUUGCAUCACAUUGGAGAUUCUUUAAAUCCCUAUGAACAAGCUAUAUCUAUUAUUGGGAAAACCUUAGCUGCUUUUGAUGAGGACAACUUGAUACCUUGUUAUGGUUUUGGAGAUGCAUCGACACAUGAUCAAGAUGUCUUCAGUUUCUAUCCUGAUGACAGGUUUUGUAAUGGGUUUGAGGAAGUAUUGAGUCGGUACAGGGAAAUAGUCCCUCAUCUAAGACUUGCAGGACCGACAUCAUUUUCACCGAUCAUUGAAAUGGCCAUGACCAUCGUUGAGCAGAGUGGUGGCCAGUAUCAUGUUUUAGUAAUAAUUGCAGAUGGGCAGGUAACUAGAAGUGUUGAUACUGAGCGUGGUCAGUUGAGCCCACAGGAGCAGAAAACUGUUGAAGCGAUUGUAGAAGCAAGCAAGUUUCCUCUAUCCAUUAUUUUGGUUGGGGUUGGAGAUGGGCCCUGGGAUAUGAUGAGGGAGUUUGAUGAUAACAUCCCUGCUCGGGCCUUUGAUAAUUUCCAGUUUGUCAAUUUUACUGAAAUCAUGGCAAAGAAUCUGGCCCAAUCCCGAAAAGAGACAGAAUUUGCUCUUUCAGCAUUGAUGGAAAUACCUUCUCAAUAUAAAGCAACGAUAGAGUUAAACGUAUUGGGAUCAAGAAAAGGAAAUGCUCCAGAGAGGUUUCCUCUUCCCCCUCCUGCAUAUGUUGCAGCUUCUUUUAGUAGUGCAAAGCCUUCACUUUCUACUAAGAAGCCAAGCUCACCUCCUUAUUAUGGCCAAAGCAUUGAUACAGCUCGAAGUUCAUCUCAUUAUUAUGGCCAAAGCGUUGACACAGCUCCAAGUUCGUCUCAUUAUUAUGGUCAAAACACUCCUGUUGGCACAGCUCCACCAGCUCCAAGUUCGUCUCCUUAUUAUGGUGAAAGCACUCCUGUUGCUCCAAGUUCUACAUAUGACAAUCAGCUUUGCCCCAUUUGCCUUAGUAACUCGAAGGACAUGGCCUUUGGUUGUGGUCAUCAGACAUGUUACGACUGCGGCCAAGACCUUCAAUUGUGCCCCAUCUGUCGUAGUCCAAUUCAGACCAGAAUAAAGCUCUACUAACUAAUUUCUUUGAUACACGUGUAUUUCUCUUGACGAGUGCAAAUUAUCUAUAAUUCGUUACUUGGUGGAAAUGGGUUAGGUUUGUGAAUUGGGAUAGAUUUUCUUAGAUCUGAGAGUGUGAAAAGGGAAGUCAUCAUCCUCUGUACAUUUUUCCAGAUUAUUCUUUAUCUUUUUAUGCUGUUAGCUUCAUAGUUCUCACACAAAGAAGCUUAACAAGAUGCAGAUGGAAAUUGCUGGUAGUGAAUUUUUUGUGUAAUACGCAGAUAGAGAUGGAGAUACAGGUGCGUGAAUGUGACCGAACGUUUGGUGCGGGCAAUCGUUACUUUGUAAAGGUUUGUUAGGAUUAAAUGAAAGUCUAGCUGGUGAGAUUUGUUGGUUUGUGUAUUCAAUCAUUGCCGACUGUGGCUGAAAUGAAUCAUGGGUUGGAAAAUGUUGAACUAUUGAUAUUUUCUUUUUGUAUGUUAAAAACAUACACCAAUAAAUUACAACCGGGAUUAAC